CGCACGGCUCAGCCAAUGAGGAGCCGGGAUGAGGCUGGUCCUCAGGACGAGAUCGGCUGUCAGCAGAAUGUCCGUCCCCGCCGACCAAUCAGCGCGCUCCGACUUUGGUCCCGGGUUGUUUACCAGCCGGGUAUAAAAACCACCAUUGGAGACGGGUCCAUCAUUCGGUGGAGACUCAGAAUCGCAAGGACGCCCGAACGGAGUAUAGCUCGAACAAUGGAGCUUAGAACCGUUGUCCUAUUUGCCCUGGUGGCCGGAGGUUUCUCCGUGCCCCUCUCGUCCGUCACAGACGACCAGUGCUCAAGACACUGUACAGAAAGCAACGUUCUCGACUACAGAAUAGGCCGCACAUACAGGUACAGAUAUGAUGCAAAGACAACGACACAGCUGGUCGGAAGCAGUGACGAAACUUCCGGUUUGGAAAUCGCCGCCACAGUUGACCUGGAAGUGCUCUCCAAGUGCGAGCUCGUCCUCAGGCUCAGUGACGUGGAUCUGAAGGAAGCUUCUCGCCAGGCUCUAAUGGUGACGUCCUCCAACAAGAGGGAGUUCCAGAGAGCGCUGGAGAGACAUCCUCUCCGCUUCUCCUUCCAGGAUGGCGUUAUCCCUGAGAUCUGCCCGUCUGCCGAAGAUGAGACCUGGGUGGUCAACAUCAAGCGGGGAGUGCUGUCUGCCCUGCAGAACUCUUUCCUCAGCCAGAGGCGCACCGACAUGGAGGAGACCGACGUUACCGGCGCCUGCGAUGUCCAGUACGAGCCCGUUGACGAGCGCGGCCUGACCACCCAGUACAAGCGCACCCGCACCUUCCAGCGCUGCUCCGACCGUCGCCUCGGCAGCGAGACCGGCAUCCGCGCCAACUUCUACAGCCAGCAGACGGAGCGCCCCCACAUUUUGGACAGCAACCAGGAAUGCACACACACUAUCGACAGCAACAGCGUCAUCGAGUCUGUGACGUGUACAGAGCGUCAUCUGCUGAGGCCCUUCUCUCACGGGCAGAACGGCGCCACCGUGCGCAGCACACAGACACUGCAGCUGACCCCGCAGAGGCCACGCACCAAGUCUUCUCUCCUGUCCGGUCUGGGCUUCACCCGCUCCGACCUGCGCUUCCAGCACGACUCUAAGGACUCCGAGUCCGCCAGCGGGCGCGUGGAGCAGACCCUGCGGGACCUGUGCGCCCAGACCGCCGAGGGAGUGCGCCCCGAGACCCCGGCACUCUUCAGCCGCCUGGUGUACCAGAUGCGCGACCUGAACGUGCAGGAGAUGCGCUCCGCCGUCGCCAGGGCUGAGGGCAUCUGCAACAGCGACCCCGAGAAGAUGAAGAAGUUCGCCAUGGACGCCAUCCCCCUGGUGCACAACGAGGCGUCCGCGCGCCUGGUGAAGGAGUACAUCAUGAAGGGCGAGGUGACCGGCGAGCAGGCCGACGCCUGGCUGGCCUCUCAGGUCUUCGCCAAGAACCCCACCCCGCAGAUGAUCGCGGAACUUCAGCCCCUGUGUGAGGGUCGCGAGGUCCGCCGCUCCGCCUUCCUGUCCCUGUCCGCCCUGAUCCACAAGUACUGCCAGGCCGAGUCCGACUGCGCGCAGCGCCCCGAGAUCCGGAACGCGCUGGCCGUGUUCGAGAGGAACCUGGGAGAGCGCUGCCACACUUUCUCCGACAGGGAGGAGGAGAAGAUGAUGAUGUCCCUGAAGGCCAUCGGUAACGCCGGCCAGGCCGUGUCCGCCGCCCCCACGCUGUCCCAGUGCGUGCUGACCGAGGCCAACCCCAUCCCCGUCCGCCGCGCCGCCAUGGAGGCCUUCCGCCGCCUGCCCUGCUCCGUCAGCCGCACUGCCUUGACCAACACCUUCCUGAACAAGGCGGAGGACAGUGAGGUCCGUAUCGCCGCCUACAUCCAGGCCGCGCUCUGCCCGUCUCACGACUUCUUCCAGAUCGUCAAGCGCGCCAUGGACUCCGAGGAGUCUUCUCAGGUCGGUUCCUACGUGUGGUCCCACCUCCAGCAGGUUCUGAAGCGCGACGAUGAGUGGCACAACACCGUGAACGAUAUCCUGCGCAACUCCGAGCUGGAGAAGAAGUUCACCGGAGACAAGAGGAAGUUCUCCUCCGCCUGGGAGGGAUCCGUCUUCUCCGAGCGCUGGAACAUGGGCGGCGAGGCCCAGGCCGACGUGCUGUUCUCCGACACCUCCUUCCUGCCCCGCAGCGCCCGUCUUAACCUCACCGCCAUCGUCUUCGGCACCGAGAUGAACAUGCUGGAGAUUGGAGGCCGUAUCGAGGGCAUGAGCUACCUGGCCGAGUCUUUCUUCGGCCACCAGGGCUACUUCCCCGAGAACAACGUCUUGCACCUGCUGAAGACCAAGGAGAAGCGCUCCGUCUUGAAGGAGAACAAACUGGAGGAGGUCCACCGCAAGUUCAACGCUAAGCAGGAGAACCAGCCCGAGGGCUCCUACUACGUGCGCAUGUACGGAGACGAGGUGAUGUACGGAGACUUCAAGGGUCUGGACGUCAAGGCGCAGAAGCAGGGCUGGAACGUCAUGGAGAUCAUGAUGAAGCUCGCCAAGCAGCAGGACUAUGAGGUCAGUGACAAGAGCACGAUGUUCCUGGACUCCACCCACACCAUCCCCACCAGCACCGGUCUGCCGCUCCGCCUCGCCAUAAACGGGACCGCCACCACUCACGUCAAGGUCUCCGGCAAGAUGGACGUGCGCAACAUGGGCUUCAGCCCGCGCAGCAUGCACAUCGAGGGACAGGUCAUGCCCAGCGCCGCCGUGGAGAUCUCCAGCGAGAUGGGUAUCGACGCGCACGUGGCCCGCUGCGGGAUGAAGAUGGUCACCACCCUCCACUCCUCCACCUUCGCCGACGGCAAGGUCAUCCUCAAGAAGGGCAGCGACCUGGAGGUCAAGCUCAACAUGCCACGUGACAAGAUGGAGAUCGUCAACGUCCAGUCCAAGCUGUUCCUGAUUAACCAGGACCAGGAGGAGGAGGUGCGCGGAGUGGAGGCUGACCGUGUGGAUGAGAGCACCUGCACCGGCACCUGGGGCAUCGAGACCUUCGGGCUGCAGAUGUGCGGGGAGGUCCAGUACCCCAACCCCAGACUUGAAGACGAGACCCCCUACAUGCCCCUGACCGGGCCCAUGAGCGCCUCCGUCACCCUGAACAAGGCCGACCCCGGUCUGGACUCCUACGUCAUGGAGGCCCGCUACAACAUCAAGCCUUCUCGCGUGAACGGUAAGAAGGAGAACACCUACUCCGUGCACUUCCUGCUGGACACCCCCGGCUCCCGCGUGGACCGCAAGAUGGAGCUGAACGCCGGGCUCAACAUCGCCGGCAAGGCCGUGGAGCUCUCCAUGACGCACCCCAAGAAGACCAUCAACUUCAACGGAAACUACAACGACCAGGCCGAGACCAAGUCCGUGAACCUUGACCUGACCAUGGACGGGACCGACCAGUACAACCUGAAGGGGGAGAUGAUGGUGGAAGAGCUGCAGGGCAACUGGCGCUACAUGCCCAGUCUGGAGAUCAAGGUCCCCCAGAUGAAGACCAUCACCGCUAACGGCGUGGUCGGCUACGAGCAGGACAGGAAGGCCGAGCUUACCCUCACCUUGCAGGGCAUCAAGGAUGACGACAUCGUCUUCGCUACCUCCAUGGAGAAGACUCUCAAGGACGACAAGAAGGCUUACUCUCUGGACAUGCAGAUGAAGUACCCCGAGAUCAUCGACGCCUCCCUGGAGGCUGACCUGCAGGGGAAGGACAAGGUGUUCACGCACGUGCUGAAGGCCGAGUACUCUCUGUUCGGCCAGAAGAAGGAGACCAUCCAGCUGAACCAGAGGCUGCGUGACCUGCGCACUGAGUCCCUAAUGAAGUUCGUCGCUUCUCAUGACUUCAAGUUCUCUUGCUUCCCCGACUUCCACCACAAGAUCUCCAUCAACCACGAGAACACCGAGACCAUGGCCAAGUCCAACAUGCAGUUCGACUACGGAAUGAACGCUUUCCGUGAGAGCAACAUGAAGCGUCUCAUCCUCUCCAACAUGCUCACUGACGGAUCCGACAGGAGCCCGUGCUUGUCCAGAUCACCUACAAGAACGACACCGAGAACAACAACAAUCUGAUGAAGAUGGGAGGAGGCCUGACCCUCUUCACCCCCAUGACUCGCAUGCGCUUCGCCGAGGAUAUCGAGGAGCUGUCCUCCAUGGAGUACAAGGCCGUCAGCACCAUCCAGCUCGAGCAGGGCGCCCAGUGGCAGGUCGACAAGACCCUGAAGUGGCACGAGGAUAAGAAGGAGGGCAGCAUCCGCGUCUUCGUCCCCAACAGCGACGAGCAGACCCUCUUCCGCGCCGCUAGCGACUUCCAGCAGAAGUACAACGGCUUCACCGUGCACGGCGAGCUGGAGACCAUCCAGACCUCUCUCUCCUCCGUGGAUCUCGUCUACACCAACCAGGUGGACAAACACGAGACCAACCUGCAUCUUAAGAUGCCCAUGAUGGAGAUCAAGAACGACUUCGUCCUCGACAACGGCGAGAUGAAGAAGUCCGUCUCCAUGGAUACCCAGUGGACCGACGAGAAGAAGCUGUGGAUGGGCGUGGAGCUCCACGGUUCCUUCGACAACCAGGCAUUCAUUCAAACGGCAAACCGGCAAACCGGCAAGAGCAGGCAGCAGCGCCACGUCAUCAACAUCGGCGGUUCCCAGAAGCAGGGCAGCAAGAGCAGGCAGAUGGACGUGAACGCCGACAUUUUCUACACCCCCUUCAAGGUGUACGGCGGCGAGGUCUCCUUCGAGCACAAGGGCGCCGACAAGACCAACCAGCUGUACAAGACCGUGGUCAGCUCCAGGCUGAGCAUUCCCGAGAGGAAGAUGGAGCUGAAGGUGGAGCAGCCGUACGACUGCGACAUCUGCGAGGGUCUCAAGAUGCCCAAGAAGGUGGAGAUCACCGGUCUGAGCGAGGACAAGGGGAGUUUCAAGGGCCACUUCAAGCUGGAUUGCAAGGUGGACGACACCCAGCCGAUCACCCUGGAGUUCAACAGCGAGACCAAGAUCUUUUCCAAGUAUAGCGCGCAGAGCGACUCCUCUCUGGAGUUCCGCCACGGCCUGAAGCUGCCCGAGUACAUCCCCAUCCCCCGCCAGAUGAGCGUCUCCUGGAUGGGCAAGUACGAGGAAGACCUCUUGAACGGCAAGGUCGAGUUCACCAUGCACGAGACCCAGAAGAUGACCCUGGAGUCGGAGUACAAGAUGCACCGUCACCACACCGGCUACGUCCGUCGCGAGCUGACCCUCACCGGUACCCACAGCAUCCCUGACGCCCCCCUCGCCACCUUCAGCAAGAUCUACGUCAAUGUCGACCCCAAGAGCCUGGAGGACGUUGCAUUUAAGACCGAGGUUACCUACGGCAGCUCCGACGUAACCCUGGACGUCACCUACAAGGGCAAGCUCGGUUACGACUGGACCCACGACGUCACCAUCAAGACCGACCACUCCUUUGACCUGGAAGUGAUCCCCAAGGACAUGCAGGUGGACUUCCACGCCGAGAAGAACGGCAUGAGCGGCGAGGGCAAGCUGGAGUUCUCCUCAAAGAGCAAGCGCUGGACCGCCUCCCUCGAGGGGAAGAGCGACAACACCGUCUCCAGGGACGGAAGCUUCAACGUCGGCAUGGACUUCACCCUCCUGCACGGCAUUCCCGAGAUGCAAGAGCUGGGCGUGCCGGUCAAGAUCGAGCUCACCAACAAGAACGAGAUGAAGAUGGGCGACCAGAUCGACUACCAGACCACCCUGGAGCUGAAGUACAGCGGCAAGUUCUUCAAGACGCAGGUCAACUUCAACGGGGACGCUGUCAAUCACGAGCUGCACUGUGUGUACACCCAUCUCAUCGACGUGGCCCCUCAGGAGUACAGGAUGGACGCCAUCAUCGAGCGUAACGAUCCUCUCAACUACAUGGAAGACAUCAGCAUGACCUGGGACGGUCGCAAGCAGUACCACCUGGUCAGGAAGAUGGCCCACACCAUGGAGAACGGCAACGACGUCUACACUUUCACCGAGAAGGUCGACCAGCCCUACAACGUGUACAUGCCCAACCACGACUCCACCACGCGUCUGGUCCUCAACCAGGACCUCUUCCCCCAGGAGUUCUCCUUCGACUUCGACUACGUCGACGAGGAGGCCAGCAAGAAGAACAUGAACACCAAGAUCACCUACGAGGGUCCUCUUCCCAACGCCUUCGAGGGGCACCACGAGCUGCACUUCACCAUGAACCACCCGUGGGAUGUCGUCAUCCCCAAGGUCUCCUCCGUCGACUGGACCAUCGACAGCAACGAUGAGAGGCUGUACGAUAGCAGGUACACCAUGAGCUGGGACGGCGAGCAGAUGGUGCUGAACAAGCUGGUGCGCCACUCCCAGACCAAGAAGCACGACCUCUACACCGUGUCGUACGACAUGGUGCAGCCCUUUGACUUCUUCAUGAAGAAGAGCGACGGCAAAGUCCUAGUCCAGCUGGAGAAGUCCAGCCAGUUCCCCACUAAGAUCACCACCGAGCUGAAGAGCGCCGGAGAGAAGCUGAUCGACAUGCAGACUACCUAUGACGGACCCCUUCCCGAGGAGACCGCCGGGCACCACGAGCUCCGCUUCACCUUCUCCCACAAGUUGGGCCUUCCUUUCGAGGACGUCGUUCUGGACUGGAUCGCCGAUAGCAGCGAGGCCACUCCCUACGACAGCACCUUCACCAUGAAGUGGGACGGCAAGACCCAGAUCAACAUGGUCAAGUCCCUGAAGUGGACCGCCGAGGGCAAGAACGUCGUCUGCACCGCCUCCGCCACUCUGGACCAUCCCUUCGACUUCCUGCCCAGCCGCAUCGAGGCCGGCGGACGCUUCGGACUGGACAAGACCACUCAUGCGACCCGUGAGGUCAGCAUGGACCUGAAGUACAGCGGGAUGACUUUCGAGACGGAGCUGAAGAUAGACGGAGCCGGCAAGCUGACCAUCCGCGUCAACCAGCCCUGGAGCACCGACAUCCCCACCGAGACCCUCAUUGAGCUGUCCCACGAGGUCAAGUACAGGGUCGGCGUGACCCAGUCCGUCAAGGUCACCUGUGACAAGGUCAAGAAGCUGGAGAUGAGCCGCGACUUCCAGAGGACUUCUUCCGGAUACACGCACAACGUCAAGGUCAACCUGCCGGUCAUCAGGAUCGACACGUACGGCCGCCAGCAGAUCUCCUUCGACAUCGAGCACGAGGACAAGAUGCAGGACGGCGAGAGGACCGUGGAGGGCUCCCUGUCCUUCCGCCACCCCUUCUCCUCCUACGUGCCCUUCCGCGACAUGGACAUCUCCUACGACCUGAAGCAGACCUACCGCACCGUGCAGGCCACCUUCAACACCAACUGGGACAAGAAGGACGGCGUCAAGCUCGAGGUUAACUUCAACAACAAGACCCUGGGUAACACCUACCGUUACGACUCCUCCUACACCAUCAGUCAGCCCUUCACCAACACCUUCAACAAGCUCAAGUUCUCUGACCAGUACCAGCAGGACACACUCAACAACCAGCUGAAGAACCUGGACUACAAGUGGACCGCCACCUGGGACGAGACCAACACCAUGACCGGCGGGUACGGCUACGUGGACCAGAGCGACCGCCAGAUGAACAAGCACUGGGUCUACACCAACCUGGAGCACCCCUUCGACUACUCCCCCAAGAAGAUGACCCUGCAGGGCCAGGUCGAGACCGAGAAGAAGGGACAGCCCAAGAGGGGAUCCAAGGUUGACUUUGAGUGGGACGGCCAGAAGAUGUCCGUCCAGGGGACCUACCGCGACAGGAGCAACAACCGCCAGCAGGACCACGAGAUCGUUCUGCGUCUGGAGCACCCGUUCCAGGUGCCCGUGACCUGCUUCGGCCAGCUGAGCCAGGACAUCGAGCUCACCCAGCAGCUCAAGUGGCGCCGCGACUCCGUGGAGCACUACACCGGCGUCGAGUUCAAGGACAAGACCCCACGUCAGGUGUACAGUCUCGAGGGUGACCAUUCCAUGAACAGCCGCAAGGGGGAGGUUCUGAGCUCCCAGCUGAAGUACCGCUACGACAACAACCCCCGGAACGAGCUGGUCAUGGCCACCUACUGGAAGAACGAGGGCGGACACAGGGCCAUGAAGAGCAACGUGGGCUUCGCUAUCCGCCACGUCGAUCAGCCCAUCACCAGCCUGGACACCACCGUCACUCUGGCUGCGCGCAAGACCGACGUCGCUUUGAGGUGGACCAACAACAAGGAGCCAUGGACCCUCAACUUCCACGUGGACCACGAGGCCAACCUGUUCGAGGCCAAGUUCGACUCCCCAGUCCUGGGCCGUGGCUACACCUUCGAGAUGCGCAUGGACGAGGACAGCCAGUCCAAGACUUACUUCAUGCGCGGAACCAGCAGCCUUGGCGACGCCCUGUUCUUCAAGACGCAGAUCUUCCCCGAACAGAAGAAGAUUGUGUUCAGGAACGGACACACCGUCAACUCCAAGGAGGAGACUUUGGACAUCGUCUUGAAGUACGUCAACGAGACCGCCGUUUCCAUGGAGAUCUACAACUCCGAGGCCGAUCAGCGCACCGAGACCUUCGUCGAGGUGGUCCUCCGCCUGAUCACCCCCGAGAUCAUGGCCAGUAAGAUCUACUACAACCCCAAGACUCCCGAGAUCGUCGAGGAGCAUCUGAACGAUCUCAUCGCCAGGUUCAUGCAGCAGCAUUUCAUGGUUGUCGACAACUUCAAGAAGGCUUUCGACAAGGAGACCCAGGAGUGGAUGUCUAGCUCCAGGAACUACGGCUGCACCGGAACUUACUUCCAGGGCUUCCUGCAGGUCCUGCGCCCUGCUAUUCUCGGCGACCGUAAGAGCACCCCCGCCCCCACCCUGGAGCAGCUGAGGAGAGAGUACGGCAUGUCCGGAGUCUCCAAGAGGCUGAUGUCCGCCCUGAACACCGCCGCCGACACCGUCAGGCAGACAUACAGGAGCGCCAUGGAGAAGAUCAUGAAGCCCAUGGAAGACCUGAAGACCUACAUCGAGCAGAACGUGAUGUCCGACCUGUACGGAAGGUGGGACGACAAGAUGGCGGACAUGUCCUACAGCCUGCGCUCCUCCCUGACCGACAGCCAGCGCGAGAUGCUCGACAGGAACGAGGUCCAGAAGUCCAUGCACGUCAUGAAGAGCAUCGCCAAGGAGGUCGGUGCCGAGGUGAUGAGUCAGAUGAAGAAGAACAUGCAGAGGUCCAUGGGAGUCCUGCCCCUGCCCAUGAUGAAGACUAAGAUCCACCAGCUCAACCUGGUCCAGGGACGCAUCGCCGCCGACCUGCACCUGCCCUUCAAGUGGCACAGCUUUGAGUCGAUGCCGAAGCCGUACGCCCAGAUGGUGGACAUGUGGGAGAACCAGAUCAAGCCCAUGCAGAACUACUCUAUCUGGGACACCGUCUACCGCUACAAGCCUUCCAGCAGCAACAUGGUUCCUCCUUUCAUGGCUGACGCCCUGAUCUCCGGCAAGCAGCAUUUCCUCACCUUCGACAAGAAGCACUUCGAGUUCGGCGGGGACUGCAGCUACGUGCUGGCCCGCGACAUGAUCGACGGGAACUUCAGCGUGGUGUUGAACUACCACUCCGGCUCCAGCCUGCAGAAGAAGUCUCUGGUCGUUGUCAUCGACGAGAAGACCUACGAGAUCUUCCCAUCCGGCGUGAUGAAGCGCGAGAACCAGGACACCGAGCUGCCCCUGCAGGACAAGAACACCGUCAUCAGGCGCGACGGACAGAGGAUCGUCGUCACCAACUCCAACGGCGUGGCCGUGACCUGUGACCUGACCCAUGACCUCUGCAACGUGCAGGUGUCCGGCUGGUACUUCGGCAAGACCGCCGGCCUGUUCGGCAUCUACAACAACGAGAAGAACGACGAGUUCACCACUUCCGACGGCACCAAGACACAGGACCUGCUGCAGUUCACCAACAGCUGGGACGUGAGCAAGUCGUGCCGCAGGAGCAGGAACAAGGCCAGCGCAUGCGCACCAGGGCUCCAGGACAGCCGCGCAGAGGGCAUCUGCGGAAAGAUGUUCAAGGAUCAGAGCUCCCCUCUCAGGCGCUGCUUCAACAUCGUUGACGUGACUCCGUACCACGACAUGUGCAAAUCUGACGUGUGCGAUAACCAGAACAGCAUUCGCCCCGACACCCUGCCCUGUAACGUCACCGCCGCCUACAUCGAGCAGUGUCGCCAGGCCGGCGUGUCCAUCAACAUGCCCAGCAAGUGCGUGACUUGCCAGAAGCCCGACGGUUCCGUGUUCACGGAGGGCGAGCAGACCCGCAUCACCGACACCCGCAAGGUCAACACCGCCGACAUCGUGCUGGUGGUGGAGGAGAAGAGCUGCAACCGCCGCCGCGCGCCCCAGCUGACGGACCUGGUGCAGUAUCUGGAUACCCAGCUGCAGCGCAAGGGCAUGAAGGACAACCGCUUCGCCCUGGUCGGGUACGGCGGUGAGGGCGUCCACGACGCCUCCCACACCCACACCAUCGCCGGCCAGAUGUUCCACGACGCACGCCAGUUCGUGCUCGGCGUAGAGGCGCUGGAGUUUGGUGAGGGCCAGAACAACGACGCCUUCUCCUCCCUGCGCAUGGCCGCUGACUACCCCUUCCGCACCGGCGCCGCCAAGUCUAUCGUCAUCCUGUCCUGCUCUGAGGAAUGCCAGGAGACACAGGGCGACUACAAGGCCAUCUCCAGCAUGCUGAAGGAGCGUGACAUCACCGUGCACCUGCUGAAGGACCACCGCUUCCGUCUCAGGAAGACCAAGGACAUCGAGAGGGUCACCAUCUACGGUCUUGACCGCCGCGAGGUGUUCACCAGCAAGGACGUGAGCCGCGACUUCGACAAGUCCAGCCUGCUGCAGUACGUCAAGGCGCCUAAGGACAUGUGCUCCGCUCUGGCUCUGGAGACCGAGGGCUGCAUCUUCGACUCUAACGCCAUCAACAACAAGGAGUUCCUGGACGUGUACAGCCGGCGCGUGUCCGAGUCCGUGCGCCCCGCCACGUGCCAGGUGUGCGACUGCGUACAGGACACCUGGGGCGCCCCCAGGUCCGUCUGCAGGAAGUGCGACGACAGCUUCAGCGUCGACAUCCCCAUCUUCUCCUUCGACGAGUCCUCCAAGCAGGCCCGGCCCGUCAAGAGCAAGCCGGAGUCCGAUGGGAAAUGGUGGAUGCUUUUCUAAACGCUUUCCCAACAAAGCACCGAUGCCUUAGACAUGUUUCUCACGUAGACACACUUUUGCAAUUAUAUAUAAAGAAAAAAUAUAAAAUAAGCUCUUAAGGUGUAAAAGAUUUCGUACAAAGUGUUAUUUCAUGUGUGAAACUUUGUUUGAGUUUCCCUAUGUGAUUAAAGAUGUGAUUUGCAAGCAGAUUAACUUGCUUCCUAUUCAGUACUGUUGUGGUCGCUCUAAUAUACACUCUUAACAGUUUGCUUAAAAAACAGCCCACCGUUUUACAGUACAGAAACCGCUGCUUUUUCUGGCUAUAGUAGUCAGGACUCGUCCUCACUCUCUCUUUGUGGUGCUAUCAACCAAAAGAAGCAUGCAAGUAUCAAUGCAAUGGUAUUUAAAAGUCGGUAACAAUGUUAAGCGUUAACAGUGGGGAAAGGUUGCUCUACCAAUCUGGUAUUGGUGAUUACUUGAGAUAUAACUGUCUGGAUCGACAAGGGUGGUUUCGAAUGACUGAACGAUAAUCAGGGAUAAAUGCCGAUCGUUAUUCAGAUGUGUUUCAAUUGUAGACUAUAGAGAUACUAGAAGCUAACAUGGUUUGUGAUAUUAAGGAGUUUGUUUGUCUCAAUGUUGUUGUUUGAUAUACUUUCAAUAAAAUGAUGAAUCAUAAA